CUCUCUCUCUCUCUCUCUCUCUCUCUCUCUCUCUCUCACCUUCCAUUUUUUUUCCCUUACUGUCGGACGCCCCCUUUCAAUUACCCAUACCCCCGUACGGCUCCCGCUGACUGCCUCCGUGACUGCUUCCUCUUCUCCAUACUCCAUCUCAUCCCAGCCUCCUCCCUCCUUGCUCCCUGCGCCACCGUGCCGGUGCGAUUAAGACGCCGCCACUAAGCCCUCCUCUCUUCUCCUCCUUCGUCGCCGCAACCAUCGCAGACUUCGUGCGAGGAGGGGCAGCUCGAUGCCGUACCUCUUCACUUUCUUCUUUGUGCUCAUUUGCUAUGGUAUCCUGGGGCGUUCAACAUGACUACUGGUCCUCUGCAUUGGGAGUUACUGCAAAGGGCAAGGGUUCAAGGGAAAGUCUAAUAGAGUAUUGGGUGAUACGCGAUAUCGUAACGAAAGAAUGAUAGUUGGGGUGGAAUUUCGAUGGUAUAUUCUAUUUCACAGCAGAACCUUAUAUUUUCUGUGAACUAAUAGAAGUUACUUUACUAUAGAUUAUUAGGUUUUAAGUAUGUAAGUAAAGAAGCAUAAAUCCUUUAAUUUGCUUUUAAAAAUCUUAUUCUACAAAUAUUACUUCUAUUUUCUGCAAAAGAAGCUUCAUUUAUUGUAGCUUCCAAACAUUGGUGUAAGAAGAAAUAUGUAACGAUUUAUUUGGAUUUUAUACAGCUCUUACUGUUUUAAGUAAAAUUUAGAUCAUAUUCCAUAGGUUGCUACUGAGGCCCUUGGAACUUUGAAGUCUAUGCUUGGUCAAUUUACUCGGAAAAACUUGGGUCUCCACUGUGAGAAUACAGUAAUCAAUACCAUGCUGAAAAAUACCAGUUUACUUAUGAGUUAUUCAAUAGACAUAAAAGCAAAAAAAAAAAAUGGACAAUAUUCUAAAGCUAGAUUGUUUGCUUUCUAUAUUUUGCAGAUCCAAAGCAAUUGCAACCCUAAAGGGUUUGUGUUUUUUGGGUAUCUUUAGGUGUGAUUUAGAAAGGUAGACAAACAAACACAUAAUGGAAAGGAAACAAAAAAAAAAUAGCCAAACAAUUCAUAAUUUGUUGCGAUUUGUAUCUAUGGUUCUAAUUAUUUGUUUUGAAACACUUUCCCUGUUUUCAUCAAUUUGUCUCUUGGAAUUGGAAUAAUAAAAUGAUGUUGCCUGGUUGCAAGCAACCUUUUUAGAAUUGCUAUUAUUGCAUUUUAUUGUGUAUAUUGUUCGUUAUAAAAUAUUUUUUUAUUUAUUUAAUCUAUUUAUGAGUUAGAUUACCUUACAAUUUUGUCAUUCUGUUUCUUCGCAAAUAAAAUAAUCGUAUUGACUAUUUUAAUGGCUCUUCUUUUACUACUUCGCCUUCGAUACCGCACUCUUUGAGGCCUUGACGGAUGCUGUGAGGGAUUUACGGUUCGACACUAUCCCCUCCAACCUGUUGUCGAUCGAGCUCACCCCCUUCUUUUUGGGCGCCCUUUCUAAAUCCCUCACCUAGCAGCUUCUGCUCUGAAUCCUAUGUACACACUACAAGGUGCUUCUGGUGCUUUAUUCGGUCUUCUUGGAGCAAUGCUGUUGGAGCUUCUCACUAACUGGACCUUAUACACACACAAGGCUGGAGCUUUAAUAACUCUUUUAGUCAUGAUCGCGAUCAACUUGGCCCUCGGAAUAAUCCCGCAUGUAGAUAACUUUGCACAUAUUGGGGAAUUUCUCACUGGCUUUCUCUUAGGUUUUGUACUGCUGCUCGAACCUCAGUUUGCGUGGUUGGAGCGACACAAUCUACCUCCCGGAAGGAAAAUCCCAUUGAGACCUAAGGCUUACCAGUUACUAUUAUUGGUUGUUGCGCUCACAUUAAUCAUAGCUGGGCUGGAGUUGAAGCAUUUUUAGCUUUCAUUGCUUAUUAAAUCUGAGCCCGUAUAUUUUUUUCCCCUGCUUUUUUUCCUAACUGUUUUUUGGGUUUUAAAGUAUAUACCAUUAACGUUUGUUGUAUGAUUGAACUUGAACUCCAAUAAUUCGAAUUGAGUUGCAACUC